CUUUGUUUACAUGUGUUUGUGGUUAUUAUCUUUGGUGCGAGUGGCCGUAGUUACAAUGAAUGAGUUAUUUCUGUAAUUUACGAUAUCUGUCAAAAAGCUGCAGUAUCUUAUGGAUGUAUUGUAGGUCAGUUGCCACAGUCUUUACUUGCCUUCAGAUGUAUGCUAUUUGCGUGGAGUUUGUGUUUACUUAACCUAUGCGAGUGAUACCGGAGUCCCGAACUUUUCUGAAUGUCUAUGUUCGCGUUGGGAGUUUCAUGUUCCAAAUGAAUUCAUCCUUCUGUACGGAAAAAAUAAGUGUUCUUCGCACGAGUAGCAGAACAUUUUUGCAGUUUCAGACUUGUAUUAUGAUCACCCUCACACGAAAGCUGAAGAAAGAAACUGAUGCUCCUCCGAACACGCCGACCGAUGCAAAUAAACGCGUUUCUGUGAGGGACAAGCUUCUGGUGAAAGAGAACCAAACUGAACCACCUGUGGGAAUUGUAUCUCCAGAAGUAGAUCUACAUGCCAACAAAACAUUACUCCACAGACCUCCCAAGAAGUUAUAUCGUGGAGUCUCCACUAAGUAGUUUGGGGGGAUGCGUGGGUGCUUACAACAUGAUGGAGAGCACUGUGAGAAGAUAUGAAGGUUCAAGAAAUGGAGCAAACUUUGCCUGUCACUUGCAAGGUCCAUUUUGACAAUCCAGAUAUUCUGUAUGAUUUUACUUUAACGGUAAUGCCAGAUGAAGGAUACUGGAUGGGUGGUCGUUUCGUGUUCCACAUUCAUGUUACUGAAGAGUAUAACAUGGCUCCUCCAUCAGUAAAAUGUCUAACAAAGCUAUGGCAUCCAAAUAUCAGCGAGGAUGGUGACAUCUGUCUUAGUUUAUUAAGACAAAAUUCAAUAGAUGGGAUGGGCUGGGCACCAACACGAAAACUGAAGGAUGUGAUAUGGGGAUUAAAUUCUCUCUUUACGGAUCUUCUGAAUUUUGAUGAUCCACUCAACAUAGAGGCAGCAGAGCUUUACACUAGGGACAAGGAUGCAUUUCGAAGCAAAGUUCGUGAAUAUGUAAAUAAAUUUGCAAAGAGAUGACUACGUCAUGUUAUGUUAAGUGCAGCAUUUAUUUUUGUUGAAAGCAAAGUUUUGCUGUUCUGACAUAUCUAACUCCUUCUGAAGUAUUAAGGAAUUAAAAAAAAAAGGAAAAAAACUUGUGCUGUAUUAAGAAUGUGUGCUAUUUCUGUAAUGAAAUGUUUUGUGUUAGUAUUAUUUAUAGCAACAAAUGAAAAA